AUGCCAUUCAAUGAGGACAGAGGCUCUGAUGAGAGUCUUCUAGGCAGUGACAGAGAGAGUGAUGAGAUCGAGUGGACUCGACCAAGCCAGCGACAGAGUUGGAGAAAGCAUGCUUGGGUCGGUCUUAACAUUCUUCUCUUUCUGAUAUCUCUUGGUCUUUUCGGUGCUGCUUCCUUCAGACUUAGCUCAAAGUCCGAGAUGGAUUACGUCCGCAAGACGUCCUUUUACUCUCCUGUCCUGGACUCAAUCAACUUCAAGAUGAGGCCUAUUGAAACAGAGGGUGGCUUAUUUGAAGCAAAGAAUCCGUCCAAGUGGCGCAACUCACUCAAGCCUGAUCCGGAGGUUGAUGAAGCGUGGGAGGAUCUUGAGAUCAUUCGUGUCUUCCCUAUCACCGAGGCUGAGGUUCGUCGACUGGGUAAAGACCCGGAGCUCCUCGUCAAGUUCCCCCAAGAGUAUGGUCUUGGUGAUAAUGCUUACAUGGCCCAAAUCGACAUGUUUCAUCAGAUCCACUGCCUUAACCUUCUUCGGCAUCUAGCUUGGGCUGAGUACAACCGCAAUGGCACGGCAAAGAAGCCUUUUAGUGACUUGCAUUGGAUUCAUGUAAGCCAUUGCACAGACAUCUUGAUGCAGAACCUCAUGUGUAAUGGAAACUUGGACAUCAUCACCUUCAACUGGGUUGAGACUCAGUCAAAUCCAUUCCCGGACUUUGCUGUCAAUCAUCAGUGUCGCGAUUUUGAUGCGAUAUAUGAGUGGCAGGACAAACAUUCAGUGCCAAAGGAAUGGGGACGGAAUGUCACUCGCCCGGCUGGCGCAAAGCAGAUUCCAAUCAGCGAAGAGUAUUAUCGUAUAUAUGGGAUUGAGAAGCCUAAGGUAUCUACAACGCCAUAG